AUGGUCAAACAGUUUCUUUCCAAUCGUGAAUCGCUAGCAGUUGUGAAAGGCUGCCUGAUGAUUCCGAACAGCCAACGAAUACUCGAGCAACUUUACCGAGGGCACCCUGGCAUCGAAAGGGUGAAAGCUGUGGCCCGGAGCUACGUGUUUUGGUCCAAAAUCGUUGAAUGCAUCACGGAGUACAUCGAGCGUUGCAGCAGCUGUGCCAGCUUCCUGGGAACGAAUUCAUCUCGAUUUCGCUGGUCCAUUCUUCAACCAACAUUUCCUGAUUGUCGUCGAGUUAGGAACGAGCUGUUCUCUAGGUUUAGCGUUCCAGAAACAAUCGUAACUGACAACGGAACGCAAUUUACAUCUGCAAAUCCAAUGGUAUCCAACACCUGCGAACUGCACCAUACCAUCCUCAAUCAAACGGGAAAGCAGAAAGGUUUGUCGAUACGAUGA